AUGGAUCAUCGAGGGGGGGAUGAUCUUUGGGACAUUUCCCCAGAUAUGCUAGAAGAGCCCCGGUAUGCCAGAAUUAAACGAAGAAAGAAUCUAUCUGAGAGAUACGGCAUAGAAGACCAAAAAAGGCCGCUUGGUUUUCCGUUGCCCAUAGCCUACACAGGCCCACUGCACGUAGAGUCGCGCAUAGACAGAGUGGCCAAAAGGCCUCUUCCUGCGAGCCCGUUUAGAGUCCUUGAUGCUCCUUCUAUUUUGAACGAUUACUACCUGAAUUUGCUCGAUUGGAGUAAAGACAACUUAAUAGCCCUGGGGCUAUCAGAGCAGCUGUACCUCUGGAAUGCAGAGAACAAGUCAGUUUCUCAUUUGGUUGAUGCUCCUGAUGACCACCACAUUUCAAGCCUUUCCUUCUCGCACUCUGGCCUCCUGGCAGUUGGCAUGUCUGAUGGGAAUACGGGAGUGUUUGAUGUGAACCAGGCAAAGAGCGUGUGCACGCUCCCUAAGAGAUCUGUCAGAGUCUCUUCUCUUUCGUGGGGUGCAGGCGUCCUAUCUGCAGGCGCAAAAGAUGGAAACAUUUUCAACUAUGAUAUCAGAGCAGGGGAGCACGUGUCUAGCUUUAUAAGCCACACGCAGGAAGUGUGCGGGCUGAAGUGGGACUCAGAGGGCAUGUAUUUAGCGAGCGGGGCGAAUGAUAAUAAUGUGUGCAUCUGGCGCGGAGGGUAUAGCAGGCCGCGCGUGAAGUUCACUGACCACACAGCAGCUGUAAGAGCGAUUAAUUGGUGUCCCUGGAAGAAGGGCAUACUAUCAACCGGUGGAGGAACCAAUGAUAGGAGCAUUCGCACAUGGGACGUGGAUAAGGGCAUUUGCUUGAACACUCUGGACACGGGAUCACAGGUGUGCAGCAUUCUGUUCAGCGAGAGAUACAAAGAAAUAAUCACAACACACGGUUACUCAGAUAAUAACAUUUCUGUGUGGAAAUACUGCAGCAUGAGGAAGAUAGGCACUCUGAAUGGACACUCUGGAAGAGUGCUGUUCAGUGCUCUGUCGCCUGAUGGGCAGACACUUGCCACGUGCGCAUCAGAUGAAAAUUUGAACUUCUGGAGUUUAUUUGAGAACAGAAAAAAAGAAAAUGAUGCAAGCCGCGAUGUAAUUACAUUUAGAUAG